AUUAAUGUCUAGUAUAUGUUAUAAAUGUUGAUAAAUAUAUAAUAUAUAUAUUAUAUUUAAAAUGUCGGGAAAUAUUCCGUUUACUCUUAAAUCUGAUAAUGACGAAUUUAGUUUGCGACAAAAAAAUAUUUUCGAACAAUUAACAGUGCUUGAAAAUAAUAAAACUAAAUUACAAAAUGAUACACAAAUGGAAGUAGAUACAGAUGUCGAUGAUACACAUAAAUCUAAUCCCAAGUUACAAAGAGCCAUUACCAAAAGAUUAAGAGGCAAAGAGAGUAUAUUCAAGAGACCCCAAAAUCCGGUUCCUAAAAAUUAUAUAAAAAAAAUGCCAGAUUUUAAAAAGAACCCGCACAAAUGGACGAAAUAUACCUUAGACGAUGUUGCAGACGAAGAUAUGUCAGACAAAAGUAACACUAAAACAGCUUUAUCUUUCUUAGAAGAAUUGAAAGAAAGGAAAGACUCCGAUACUUUAUCCGCUAAUGCUAAAGCAGAUUUAACUCAAAAAGUUGUGUUUAAGAAACACAUUUCUAAAGUGAGUAAUUCGCAGUCUGAUGAUGAUAGUAAUGUAAAGGCAAGUUUUCGAAGUUCAAAAGUCAUUAUGCCCGAAUAUGUUAUUGGGCAUAAAGUUAAAAAAGAAAAAAAGAGAAAGAACGUAGUGAAAGGGAAAGAGUUGAAACUGGAUCAUUUACUUGAAGAAGAUGGAAUAGAUGAUUUAUAAAUCAAUUUACAGAUUAAUUAAAAAUGAUAUUUAUAGAAUAAGGGAUACACCAAAAUUGUUUUAAAAUAUCUUUCGAUAUUUGUUGAUAAGUCUUCAUUAAAAUUAUUAUCGUAUUUACUAUUUCUUUUUUGUAAUUUAUGUAAAUAAAAUACAAUCUAAUGCAACAUAAAUAA